AUGACAUUCUCUUUUAUCUCUCACGAAUCUCUUCAGAAGGAGCUACAGGAAGAGAAGGGAGUGAUGACCAUGAUACUGCAGUUCUCGUUGGCUUCAAGAAGAUUAUUGUGGAAUCCGAUUCAAAAGGUGGAUGCUGAUGUCUCAUGCAGAUUCAUUGAAGUACCGGAUGAAGUGAUCGUAACCAUCCUGAAAAAAAUGGGAGACCCCAAAACCCUUAUUCGUUGCUCCACGGUUUGCAAGCACUUGCAAUGUCUUGUCUCCAAAGUUGACACAGUCUCCAUUAGAUUCUCGUAUCCAGGGGAGGCACGCGAAGGGAACAAGAGCUGGCUUAAGAAUCCGCAGAAUCUGGUCUGUUGGCUUAAGAAGGAAAAUAAGCAUCGGCUUGGAGAGAAGUUGUGGUCUGUUCAUAAAUGGGAAGGAGAUAGAUGCAAUGUGAAUAAAUCAAUUAUAAAGGAGAGAGAUGUGGAGGAGUUGCUGAGGCUUUUGACAAGGAUGACGACAAUGACGAGAUAUGAUGAAAAUGCACAUUUCUUGACAGUAGUAACAUGGGUACAAUGGAACCCAACAAGACUGAGAUCAGUGUAUUAUACUUCAAGGUGGAGGUUGCACCUUUUCGAUUCUGUCUUUCUUAAUCUCAGAGACGCCAAAACCCUUAUCCGGUGCUCCUCCGUUUGCAAGCACUUGCAAUGCCUUGUCCCCAAAGUUGACACAGUCUCCCUUAGAUUCUCGUAUCCGGGCGAGCCAGGCGAGUAUCUCCCAUGCUGGAAAUCACAUUACCACAUUCCGCAAUCAGAAAUCCCUGCCAUCAUGAAACUGUUUGCUAAUCUGAAAUUUCUCGAAAUUAAUCUCUGCCUUUGUCGUGCACUACUCCCUUGUAUUUAUGGAGAACCUUGCAGACAUGGCUUCAUGUUACUACUGAAGUCAGUGAACAUGAACGAUAAAAUGCACACUCAUAUGUGUGCAGCAUUUCAGCUUGGAUCGUUGUUAAGUGAUGAUGAGGGGAUUUUGUCCCGUGACUCGGAUGUUAUGCUUAUUGGACAAGUCAAGAGUUCACUUAUGCUGUCCUUUUUUCUUGUAAUAUUAUGUCAUCAGCCUAAAACGCUGAGAAGCAUGGUGAUUUUGAGUGCUGGGAUUCUGGGUAAUGGGUUAGAAGGUAAGGUGGAGUGUAGACCAGAAGGUAAGGUAUGGUGUAGAUCAGAAGGGAAUUUGUUUAUGGAAUCUCAACAUCUGGCCAGGUUUCGUGCUUUGAGUUCGGAGACAAGAGUGAACAAGAGCUGGCUUGAGGAUCCGGAGAAUCUGGUAUGUUGGCUUAAGAAGCAUGAGGAAAAUGAGCAUCGGCUUGAAGAGAAGUUGUGGCUUAUUCGUAAAUGGGAAGGAGAGAGAUGCAGCAUGAAUAAAACGAUUGUAAAGGAUAGUGAUGUGGAGGAGUUGGUGCGUGCUUUUGAUGGGGAUGAUGGCGAAAAACAAUGA